AUGGAGAACAAAAAAGCAAUAAUAGCGUAUGAGAUCCACAAACCAGCACGUAGAAAUUACCAACGUCGUCAUGUUGACAUUCAAGGACUUGAUGAGACUUGGCAAGCUGAUUUAGUUGAAAUGAUACCCUACGCAACAUCAAAUAAAGGAUAUAAGUAUCUGCUGACUGUCAUAUAUAUAUUUUCAAAGUAUGCCUGGGCUGUUCCAAUUAAAAAUAAAAGUGGUAGUGAUAUCACUAGUGCAAUGAAAUCUGUAUUUCAGCAAGGACGUGUUCCUGAAAAUCUGCAUGUUGAUCAAGGAAAAGAAUUUUAUAAUAAAGAAUUUCAAGAACGUAUGAAACAUUUGGUACAUAAAUAUAAUACUAGAAAACAUCGUACUAUUCAACUGGAACCUAUUGAUGUAACUGCUAAAAAUGAGAAGCAGAUAUUUGAAAAAAUAUACAAACCUCUUCAAGCCCAACAGCAAGCACAAAAGAAAUAA